GAUAUACAGUAUUUAUUUUCCCUGACACAACCCCACUGCUUUUAUCUGUUUUCUUUAUUUUUUGUAAAACAUGGCUAACAUCGAUCUUGUUCGCGUCGGGAAGAACUUGUUGAAGAGCACGGACACUGGAGAGAGUGUGGAGCUACAGUCGCUGUGGCAGGACGGGCCGGCGGUCUUGUUCUUCCUGCGACGCUUCGGCUGCCAAGUGUGCCGCUGGACGGCGGCCGAGAUCAGCAAGCUGGAGCCUGACCUGAGCGCCAACGGCGUGGCGCUCGUGGGCAUCGGGCCUGAGGAGUUGGGCCUCGAGGAGUUCAAAAAGUUGGGGUUCUUUAAAGGAUCAAUCUAUGUUGAUGAGCAAAAGAAUUGCUACAAGGAUUUGGGCUUCAAAAGGUAUACAGUUUUGAGCGUGGGUCCUGCUGCGCUGGGGAAGAAAGUACGAGAAGUAGCUUCAAAGGCCAGCGCUGACGGCAUCCAGGGCAACUUUUCAGGUGACCUGCUCCAGAGUGGAGGCAUGCUCAUCGUAGCCAAAGGGGGGGAAAAGACCUUGCUCCACUUCAUCCAAGACUCCCCAGGAGACUAUGUACCUUUGGAGGACAUUGCAACAGCGUUGUCCAUUUCAUCCAAUGCGACAGAAGGCAAGAGGCCAGUGUGCAAUGACGACGUUUGCACCCGUUGAGGACGUCACUCAUCAAGCGUGAGUCAAAUCUCAUCCAAUUAAGUGCAAAAUGAGACAUUCCACCGGACACAAAUUAUUGUCUCACCUUGUUUUGAAAAACAUGUGAAUAAAAUCAAGGCCAUAGCUUCAAAUCCCA